AUGUUUUCACGAAACUUUGUCCUCGCUUUUGCUUUGGCCGUUGCUUCCCAAGUCGUGGCAGACCACCAAUUCACUUUCAAGAACAACUGUGGAUCCAACGUCUCUCCUAAAAUUGCCAAUGUAAACUGUGGCUACUCACCUCGUUGCAGUACACCUGGAUCCGGUGGUGUGCCUAACCCUGCCAUCUCCUACACUGGCCCCCAGCCUAACACUUUGGGCCCUGGCAAAUCCCAGACGCUUACAAUCAACCGUCAGUGGAACGGACGCAUUUUCAACCAAAACGGCCACUGUGGCGCAAGCGGUGAGAACUGCAGCAUGGGCGAGUUCAACCUUGACACCGGCAAUCAAUUCACCGCUCAGGCGUAUGAUAUCUCGAACAUCCAGGGCUUCACCCAGUCCAUGCAGAUCGCCGUCAACGGAUGCAACACCGUCACCUGCACCAAUGUCAACUGCGGCUGCGCCAACGCCUACCCCCCAGGUGAUCUCAGCGGAUGUGGCAACGACUCCCCCGUUCGGGGAUGCUCCGCUGGCGAUCACCAGUGGACCGUCACUUUCUGCCCUUGA